GGUUAAUAUCGAAUAUUGAUAAAGAAUUCAGUUGGAUUCCGGUUACAUACACUUCGGUAUUAAAAAGUAUUAGGCUUCAUCGAUAAACAAUGUUGACGAUUGUUCUUUUGGUUAUGUCAUUAUGUACUCUGGCAACUGAUGCUUUGCAACCAGCAGGAUGCGAAAAGAGAUUCCAGGAUUUUGGGGGAGAAGUUUCCACUUUUGAAUGCCCCGCAAAUUGUGAUAUCGGAACUGUGUAUGUUGUAGGUGGACCUGAAAAUUUUCAACCAGAUUCUCUGGUUUGUGCUGCUGCGAUACACGCUGCUGCAGCUCAAGUUGGAGGAGGACAAGUUGUUUUCCGACAACAAAUUAAAACCCCUGCUCCGACAAUGACGGCGGGGAAUGCAAACGGAGUUACUACGAUAGCCCCUGCCAGUGCACCAACAACCACCACCGAAUUCUUUGCGUUUGAAAGUUCGGUUCCAUCUGAUUGUGCAGUUGCAGCAGAAGAUAUUGAUCAGGAAGUUUUUGUAUUUAAUUGCCCAUCUGACUGCGAAAAAAACUCUGACAUAAUAACUGACGUUGUUUUUGAUGAUGCAACUUCAAUAUUUGCGGUUCAAUCGCUCAUUUGUCUUGCUGCAAUUUAUGACGGAACAUUAACAAUUGGAAGUGUAGGUGCUGUUGUUGUUCAGAAACAACAAGGGAUUUUAUCAUAUGGCGACGCCACAAGUGCUAAUGGAGUUGACCCGGUGCCGUUAAAUACGUAUGACCCUGCGUUUACAUUUUCAACUACAAUACUGCCAGAUUGCUUACAAACCGUGUCAAGCCAAUCAGAUCCAAUCUUCUUAUUUACUUGCCCGACUGUCUGCAGCCCGAACUUGGUUGAUAUUGUGGGAGACGGAAUCUACAAUGACGAAACACCAAUAUGCCUUGCAGCUAUUCAUGAUGGACAGAUAACCGCUGCUGGCGGAGGUGACGUAAUUGUGAAUAAACGUCCAGGUCAAUCAGGAUUUAGUGGAAGCACACGUAAUGGUGUCACCAGUAUCAGUGGAGGACCAGACGAUGGUUUUGAUUUUUCCGACUGCAUCAACGGAUCUCCUACAAGUGGUCCGGUAGAGUGUGAUUGCGAUGCGACUUGGGCCGGAGAUGCGUGUAAUAUAAUGUGUGUUGAAGGAACUUACAAUGCAGCGAAUAAUCCAGCAUGUGACUGCAAUCCUGGAUGGGUUGGACCUAUGUGCAAUUUCCCAUUGUGUUAAGCUCUACUGAAGACGACUGAAGAAAUUAUAACUUUUUGAUUCUGCUCAUAUACACAUUAAUAUUACUUGUUUCAAAUCUACUAUAAGUUCGAAUUAGAAGAUCCUCGAAAUAUUUUCGAGAACGUAGAUUGAGAAAGUAAAUUCCAAUCUACAUAUAAAUAUAUUUACAUAUCUACCAUCAGAUACGAUAUCACAAAGCGAUAAUUAUUCUUUAUUAGCAGACACCUGGAGUUUUUCAGUAAAUUACACGUUUCUGUCAAUAAUCUGUUAUGGACAAACUGUUUUCAUGAUAUUUAUGGGCACAAAUUUGAAGAUCAUGAGUUUGAAUUUAAACUACAUACAUUCGUUGUUUUUUUCCUAUUAUCUGUGUGGUAAAUUGUGAUUCACCGAAGUUCUGUCAAAAUAGAAGGUGUGAAAUAGUAGCUUCAAUACAAGCUUACAUAAGGGGGGAUAAGUUAUGAGUUUGAAGAUCUACCAAAUAAAUCCAUUACUGCAUUUUCCUAUACUCUUUUUCAAGAAUAAAUCUAAGCUUGUACCUUGCUGAUACCAGAUUUUGGUAUUUCCUAUAUAUAUAUAAAAAUUAUGCUAUUCUAUCAAUAUUAUUUUAUUGAUUUUCCUACCCUAUAUAUUAGGGUAAAUAUAGAACUGUAUUAAAGGCUUG